GAUUUGAUCAAGUUGGCAGCACCGCUCGAAUGACAUUCGCAAAAACGCCGCGACCAGGAACUAGCUUGCGAAAAGUUGUAAUAAAAUAAAAUUAUUAAAUUAAUUGGUAUUCAGGAAAGCCGAACACACACACACACACACUACAACAAUGUUGAUUAAAGUGAAGACACUGACGGGCAAGGAAAUAGAAAUUGACAUUGAACCCACAGAUAAGGUUGAUCGCAUCAAGGAGCGUGUCGAGGAAAAAGAAGGCAUACCACCGCAACAACAACGUCUCAUAUUCUCCGGCAAACAAAUGAACGAUGACAAAACGGCGGCGGAUUAUAAAGUGCAGGGCGGCUCAGUGUUACAUUUGGUGCUGGCUUUGCGUGGCGGUGAAAAUCAACUAACUCAAAAUUAGACUGGCGCCCGCGUGUUGAACUCGUCUUAGUAAAUUGGUAACCCCAUUAAGUCAUUUUCUACAAAGCACUUUCAUGUUACUCAAAUAAAAGCCGUCAACGGUAUUUACAUAUAUA